GCGUCCCCUGCCGCGCCGGAGGACGAGCGGCCGCACAGAGCAUGGCGGCCGUGGCGGUGGGCAAGGCGGCCGGAGCGGCCUACGGGCACGGAGAGAGCGGCGGAGGCAGCGGAGGCUUCCUGGGGCCGCGGGUGCCGGCCGAGGUAGAGGCGAUGGCCCGCGGCCUGCACGAAGUAGGCAAGGAGACGUUCCGCCGCCUGCUGAAAGUCACUGUGAAUGCACUGGAAGGAAAAGACUGCAAAGAAGCUGUCAAGCUGAUUGCAGAAAGCACCGAUCUCUCCGAGGAGCAGCUUGCUUUCCUCAUUUCUGGCAUGUAUACCCUUCUCCGAGAAGCACUGAGACUCCCCAUAUCGACUUUCAAACAAGAAGUUUUUAAGGAAGACCUGAAGGAGCUCAGGAUACCAGAAGAUUUCAUCACGGACUUUUCCAGUAUCGUCUUUGGUAACAGGCGUCCUGCUUCUGAAGGCACAGCUCUGAUGCAAGCAACAAGGCUGCCAAGUGUCCAGGACUUCAAGUGGAGAGUGGAUGUAGCUAUAUCCACAAGUUCACUGGCCCGUGCUCUUCAACCAUCCAUUUUAAUGCUGAUGAAGCUUUCAGAUGGGACAGCUCAUCGCUUCGAAGUGCCAGUUGCGAAGUUCCAGGAGCUGAGAUACAACGUAGCCCUUAUCCUGAAGGAGAUGAAUGAUUUGGAGAAAAGAAGCGUACUGAAAAUCCAGGACUGAGCUCUUCUGUAACUGGGAUGUUGUCAGAACAGAUGUGAAACCUUCAGGGAUUUUUGUGAAGGUUAAAGUGUGGGACCAUCACCACUUUGCCUGUCUUAUAACUGCAAAGUAGCAUUUAUUAUGUCUGCUGUAAAUAUUUUUUCAAUUCAAGUGUUAAAAGCACAAGCUCUUUUCUUAAGACUUAGAUAAAAAAACCAAAAAAUAUAUUGAUGAAAAAGUAUAAUCCUAUUUGCAAGCAUUUUUUGCAUGAUUCAUCAAAACAUUUUUUAAAUAACUAUCUUAAAUGUAAGAACCAUUUCGUCCUGAUUAUGAUUCAUCACUCUAAUUAUUUUUGAAAGCCUGCUACCGGAAGCACCAUCAGUGUGUAUCAGAAGAAAGCCCAGCAACGUGUCAAAUAAAAAACACAACAGCAACAACUAUUGUGCUGUAGUAUGACAAAUGUGAAUUUGAGUUUGGUGUAAGUAAAAUUGCUGUCUGGUUUCUUGA